ACCUUCAAGACAAAAAAACAGCAACAAGUAACAAAAGCAAAAAGUAAAUACAGGUGUUUACUACUUUCGCUAGCCCUGAGUAACUUUAAUCUUCUAGUAUUUUCUUUAGAAUUUGUUAAAAUUUAGAGUCUCCCCAUUCCUUAAAAUUCAAGAUGCGUCAACUCAAGGGUAAAGUAAAGGAAACACGCAAACAACGCAAGGAAAGAAGGUUGGAAAAUUUGGCUAUACAAAAUCAAAUGAAGACAGUGGUUUUACCUAUUAUGGGUGUCCUUGCGUUGGUAAUUGCCGUUUUUGUUUAUAUAAAGACCAGACCAUCGGCAGUUAUAGCCUAAACUAUGAUGGAGCUAUUUAUUGUAGAGCCACAUCGACAUCUUUGUACCUGAUGCUAAAGGGUGCAAUGACCGACCUAGGUAGCAAGUGUAAAUAAAACUAAAUUUUUCGCCACGAUUGCAUAUUUCCGGUGAACCACCAGUGGUUUUAGUCUUGUAUAUGUGUCUAAUUGUACAUCUGCAUUUGAAGUGUUUUAAUCUGUUUAUUUCUGUAAAUUCAAAUUGAAACUUAACAAGUUAUUUUUUAUAUUAAAAAGAGAAUCGAUACUUAUUUUUUUAUACUUGUAUAGAAUAAAACUUAUAAUUAAAUGUAUAUACCAAGUUAA